UACCUCCACGUUCCCUCCUCGGGUGGCCUGACUAACUUGCGAGCAGGCACCAAUGUGGAGCCUCUUUCUCUCCAAGAACUAGCAAGAUUAUCUGCAGGAGAUAGUUCAAUUCCUAAGCCCAUCAAGGAAGCUGAACCACUCAGUUAUGGCUCUGUUCUGGGAAGCCCCGGGCUAAGAGACAGGAUUCUCUCCCAAUAUCACUCUGAAGAUGUUCCAGAACAGCUAUCAUUGACCGUCACGCAGGGAGCUAUUGCUGCAAAUUUCAUCGUUCUUGAUACUCUUCUAGGUCCAGGAGAUCAUGUUAUUUGUCAGUAUCCCACGUAUCAACAGCUCUACGAGGUCCCCCGCCGUGUAGGUGCGGACGUGUCGCUCUGGUGCACACAUGCGGAAAAAGGAUGGAUUCCUGAUCUCGAGGAUCUCUCUUCGCUGGUUAGAGAGAGUACCAAAAUGAUCAUUAUCAACAAUCCAAACAAUCCAACCGGCGCAUCAAUUCCCCAAGCCGUCCUCGAGGGCUUGGUGUCCUUUGCUACUGAACGUAACAUUAUAAUUUUCAGCGAUGAAGUGUUCCGUCCACUGUUCCAUACCGAAUCUACACCACCGUCCAUCAUCAGCUUUGCAAAGCAAUGCAAAAACAUCAUUGCCGUCAGCAGCUUAUCAAAAGCCUAUGCCUUGCCAGGCAUCCGCAUUGGAUGGGCCAUAUCGCCCAAUCCCGAGAUCAUGGAACAGAUAACCCUAGCAAGGGAUUAUACAACCCUUUCAGUCUCGCAGGUAGACCAGGAUAUCGCAACUUUUGCCUUGGGGCUGGGCAAGAAAGACGGGCCUCUAGGCCGUUCUUGGGAAAUCUCCAGUAUCAAUCUCGCCUCGCUUGAAAAGUUCAUCGCUCGUUAUCCUAAUCGGCUGCGCUGGGUGAAGCCUACUGGUGCUUCGAUGGCGUUUGUGCGCAUCGUCGAAGAGCGGACUGGUCUGCCUUUGGAUGAUGCGUUGUACUGCGAGGGCCUUCUUAAGGAGACGGGCUUGCUACUCGUGCCCGGGGGGAAGACCUUUGGUACGGAGGGAGAUAAUGACUUUAAGGGGUAUAUUCGUGUGGGAUUUGCAGUUGCGCCGGAGAAAUUUGAGCGGGCACUCCAGAUUUGGGGCAAGUAUCUUGAUCGCUCUUAG